UAACGGUGCCGUUAAACUCGAUCCAGUUUAGAUGUUGCCUUCGGCCGUGUCCUCUAUUCGUCCACUUCCUACGCCGUCCCCAGAUCAUCCGUGGCGGAUUCAGGGGGUUUCAGUCUGUUCUUCAUUCGUCCCACGAAUCAGAGACCUCUUGCACUCAGCACGGUUCAGCAGUGAGGGCCGGAAAACGCUUUGAACAGAUGCAAUGGCCUCCAUAUCCACGGUGAUGGCUGCGUAAGUUCCGGCUCGAGUCCGCACCUACCAAGCAGAAAAAUGCAUCUACGGUAACCGUGGUCAGAGGAGUGUAGGAUGGUCGACGGGGACAUCCUGUAAAAGUAUCGGUUGUUGAGGCGCAGCUGCAUUUCAGCAAUGUUACACUCUCACCAUUCACUUCCGUCACUGACAUGCUCCCUCUACGUCCUUUCUGCCUUUGGCAGGAUGAGAUAUUCAUCGAUGCCAAACAAUAUGGAAAGGACAACAACUACCAUAAGUACAAAGGCUCUCUGGUCGUGUUUAUACUGAUGUAAGAUACUACUAUAGGCUUUUCUGACAAAGCAAAGGUAAGUCGCGGAUGCGAUUUUGCUGUCCUCAAUUCCAUGACCCCACUCCGUUGACUCGCACUGCACUUUGUUCCUCUUCUUUACGAGAGGCAGUUGUUUAGCCUCCAACAAGGCUCUCAGGUGGUAAUCCAGAAUAACUGAUGAUAAACGGCGUGUUCAAACAUCACCCGACAUUGUGAAGGCCAAGAUGGGUUCGGUAGAGCCGAGGAAAGCAUUUGAAAAAAUCAUCAUCGUAGGGGCUGGUCCAGCCGGGCUUCUGUUGGCGCUACUGCUUUCCCAGCAAAACAUUCCGUCGUUGGUCUUAGAGAGCUGGGACCGACUCGACGAGCGUCUUCGAGCGACUCAAUAUGGUGUUCCGGCGACGCGGAUAUUUCGGCGGGCCGGCAUUCUCGAUGACAUCCGCGAUGCCAGCAUUGCCAGUUUUCCAAGCAUAUGUUGGCGACGCGGCACUGACGGCAAGAAACUGACGAGCAUUGAUUUGUCCGUGGUCAAAGAUCAUCCUGAUCGUAUGACCAUUUUGUCGUUGAACCAAAUUCUUCAGAUUCUGUAUCGACACUGUAUGGAGAAGGGCCAAGGCCUGGUCGAGGUGAAGUUUAACCACAAGGUGACGAAUGCCGGCCAGGACGAGGGUUGUGCCUGGGUUGAUGUCGAGGUCAACGAUGGGAACGAAGAGAGAACGACGAAGCGAUUCACUGCUGACUAUGUUGUUGGCUGCGAUGGCGCGACCAGCACAGUCAGAAAAUCACUGUUUGGACGAGUUUGGCCUGGUCAAACGUUUGACUGCCGCUUGUUGGUGCAGAAUGUGUGGUACGAUGGCUUCGAGAAGCAUGGCUGGGAUGGCGGCAACUACAUCAUCGACCCGGAGUUCUGGGGCCUGGCGGCCAAACGUGGCAAAGGCGGUCUUUGGCGGGUCACAUACGGAGACACCAGCGGGCUCACCGAAGAAGAGUACCUGCAGCGACGGGCAGCAGCAUUCAAGAAGAUCCUGCCAGGAAACCCGGACCCGGACCAGUACACGGUCACGCAGACAAACCUAUUCCGCAUCCACAACCGGUGCGUCGACAAGAUGAGGGUGGGCCGAAUCCUCCUGGCCGCCGAUGCGGCUCACGUGUGUAACCCUUUCGGGGGCUAUGGCUGUAUGACCGCCAUCGUUGACGCCGGAGCCCUUGCAGACUGUCUGAUUGGCAUGUACCAAGGUAAGGCCGACGACAGCAUUCUGGACCGAUACGCCGAGAUCCGGCGCGAAAAGUACAUGAAAUAUGUCGAUGCGAGAUCCAUCAAGAAUAUGAACCGUGUGAGCAAGUCCGACCCAGACACGGUGCUGGAAACGGACAAAUUCCUGGGCAUCCUGCAAGACCUUCAAGGGGAUGGCGAGGCCACCAAGGUGUUCCUGCUGAAAACAUCCAGCAUCGAACAUGAUUUCACUCAGUAUUAUAAUUAGAUUGAUGCCUACCUGAGACAGCCAAGCUUUCUGAAGUUCGGAUGCUGCACAACGUCGUGGAAGACCCUGGCGGGUGUUGCAGGGAAAGCAGACCAUGGUAAGGAUUAAACCCUUCCAGAUAAUUGUAGCAGCAGCACAGCAUCAAUGAGAUGGUCGGCGACUGUGGGGAAUGCACCAGUCCGACUGCCUGAUACAGGAGUCUGGGCUGUUGCAUGAUGAAGUUUCUGGCUGCACGUUGACAGGUGCCCUCAGGCCCGAGUCCCAGAAUGCCGGUGUUCAAGUGCAAUCCUGAACAACCGUUGCAUGUGAGAAGGUGUCAGACUACAUGGUCCAAAGACAGACCGAGCAGCACUUCCACCGGAGAGGCCGCCGACCAUUCACUUGUCCGGUAACUGGUAUGGUCGAUGGCCGUCCGGAACGUGUCGGUUGCAAUAUCGAUUUCGGACACAUGGAGUCGGUUCCUCUAGGCCUUGGGGCAAGGCUCGCAUGUGAGAGUGUCGGUUGUAUCCUGGCCUGACAUGGACCAAAGUGAAGAUGGAAACCGGCGCUCCCGGUCCGUGUCUUGGGGCUAAAUUGAUUCUAUGCACGUCGGGAUAUCUCAGGCUGUCGGCAGCAGAGAAAUCCGCUCGGUGCAUGCACCAGUCUUGGCUCUCGCGCUACGGACAAUGGGGCGUCAAUGAUAUAUCAAUCUUCCAAAGUUCAGGACAUUGUCACGGUUUUGCUAUGAACCAGGCUCAGUCAUUUGUCAGUCACAUCGAUGAUCCAAUGCCUACCAGGUACAUUCAAGCAGUAAAUUAGCACCCUGGACAGAUAUGGGCAAGCGAGCAAGCAAGCCGCACUGCAGUCAGUCAAUGGUCAGGGCGUCAUAGAAGCAGCCAAGUCCGUGGUGUUGCCGCACGGGGGAAGCCUUGCAUUGCCUCGCCUUGCGGACUGUUGUUCCUGGAUCAGCCCGUGGCAGUCAGACCAGGGUCAGGCCAGCAACGUCGUGCACCUCCCCAGUGCAAGGAACGGGCGCAUUUCUGCUCAGCUGCAACAGCUCGCCUACUGACCACGAAGAAGCAGCAGCAGCGGACAAUCUCGUCACAGGGAGUGUCCUGUAGAUCACAGUGGAAAUUCAAACCUCACUGCCGUGCCAUGCCGUGCAGGGCGAUUCUUCUAGUUGUGAGUGACUUCGAACAGAAGCUUUCAAGUUUCCGGUCCGCUGGCCGUAGAUAGGCAAUCGGUCGGCUGUCGCUGUAUCGGUGUUGGUCGGUAGUCGGUUUACCAGGAGUUCAUAUCCCUGCCAGUUAUUACUGGUAUCACUCUUCCUCGCCCGGUCCUGGUUGUGACCAGGAUGGGCCGGUCGGAAAUGCAGGGCUGCUACUACUAGUACUGACAACGGUUAGUCAAGGUACACUCCUUCCCUUUCUCUCGUGUCUUUGAGCCACUGUCCUGCAGGGGGUGAUGGCACUGGUGUCCGUGGCCUCAGCCCCCGUGUCCGAGCACGGAAUUUUCUGGCGAGACGAGAUCGAACGCCACUGCAAUGCCAGUACUACCACUAUAACAGGUGUCCUAAACAAGACCCUGAGGAAAUGGGAAGGAAGGUGGCUGUCAGAUGCAACUACUACCACUGUCCAGUAGUUGCACUAACGGUACAGAUGCGGGUGUUCAGUUGUCGUGCAAGUGUCUGCCCCCAGGGAUCUGCAGGGAGAUAAAUUAAAAA